AAGCAUCCAACUCUGGAGAUACCUGAUGAGCCCCAAGAAGAUGGCAGUUCCAAGAAUCAACCUCAAGGCACUAUUUUUAAUUACCAUAAGGCUAAGCUUUGUCACGGUCUUGUUUUAGCCAACUUCAAUGAUGCAAUAAGAGAAGGGGAUGGGGAGAGGGUAAUUGCCUUGUACAAAAUUCUAUUGUUAAUUUACAAGAGCCACGGUUGUACAAAGUAUGCAUAUACCACAUUGAUACUUCUAGUUAACGUAAAUGCAUUGCUCAGCGAGUCACAAGCCUUCAGACUAAAGUGGAAUCGGUUUUGCAAUGCUACUGGAAAAAGAAGUAGAAAUAUUCCAUUAGAUCUUCAAUUAGAACAUGACAAUAAUUUUGUUCAGGCUUUCUUAAAAAGCCUUGGUGCUAACCUCAAUGAAGUGAAUGCCCAGAGGGUAGCAGCCUCUUUAAAUCACCUGAUCACCAUAAUGGAAACAGUGGAAGAAGACUGCAGGGGUCAAAGCAGAACUGGGACCGUGCAAGGAGGGAAGGACCCUGCUGAGACAGUAAAGCAGACUACUGAUGACCUAGUGAAGGGAAUGGUCUUUGAGGAAUACCAAGGGAGGAGCGAUUACAAAGUUUUUGAAAAGUUCAGUUCAGACCUCACUGAAAAACUGGACUACAGAAACUUGUUCCACUGGAUCGAGAAUCAUCUGAGAAUAUGGGAAAAGAUUUACACAUAG